AUGACCUCCUUCUCGGCGGAGUCAUGGAUCUGGUAUGCGGCGACCAUCUCCAUGGUCAUUGCCCGAAUGGUGGCACGGCUCCUGCACUUCAAAUCCCUCCUACGACUCCAAAUAGAAGAUGGCCUCAUGGGGUUCCUGACGUGCUUGUAUACCAUCCUCAUCGUCUUCCUCAACAUCGACUUGGAAGUCUCGACGAACCUCAUUGAUCCUGCGCACCCGGUUGUGCUGACGCCGCAAGAGAUCUCGGACCGGAGGUUUGGCUCCAAGACCAUCCUCCUGGUCGAGCAAUGCAUGUGUGCCGUCCAGUGGGGGACUAAGUGCUGUUUACUCCUCCUCUACUGGCGCCUGACCCAAAACCUCAUUCAAAAUCUGGUCGUCAAGGGGGCGGCGAUAUACGUCGGACUCACGUAUGUGGUCAUGGAAGUUCUCUACUUCGCAGUCUGGUGCCGGCCCUUCCACGAGUACUGGGCAGUGCCCACCGACAACCAGCAAUGUAGCACAGCGUUGCACCACCUCAUCACCAAUUUGGUCUUCAACUUGACGAGCGACAUCCUGAUCAUGUCCAUCCCUCUGCCGCUUUUUCUCAAGGCCCAUCUCGAGUUCAAGCGCAAGCUUCUCCUCGUCUUCCCUUUCAGUCUCGGAUUGUUCACCAUGCUCUGCGCGAUAUUGAGCAAGCGACUGAGUUUCACCCAACCCUACAGCUCUGAAUGGGUGUUUUGGUAUUGCCGAGAAGCAAGCACUGCGAUGAUCGUGGCCAACAUGCCCUACAGCUGGGCUCUGAUCCGAAGGGCAUUCAACCUCCGAUCCUUCUUGGGCGACUCGACGGUGGAUCGGAUGCAAGGGGGCCAGCCCAGGGAUCUUCACGGUUACAGUCUCGGUGCUGUCACAUUGGAAAGCCAUCCGACCUCGCGACAGGCCAGCCGGGCAAGCGAGACCACGAGGAGAUUCUGGCAUCCGACCACUCCCCACAAGGCGCACGAUGUUACCGACAAACAAUCGGACAUGCAUGCGAGAUCAUGGCAGCGAGGUUCGGCGGCCCAGGAGAAAGAAAUCGAUAUUGAGGCCCACCCAGCUCCUAGCAGUAACAGCAGUGCCGCGUCGGUCCCCAGGCCACCGCAAGCAACGAGCACGGAUUGGACCCUGGAUCGGCUUUACCCCUUGGACGAUGACGAGAUCGGAUUAAACGACGUGACGCGACGACGAUAUGAGGGCUGA